CCCCUGAUUUUUCCAGCAUGACAGCAAGCACGGACUGGCAGCAAGGAUGAAACUGAAUGACCAAAGCAUCGGUUGCUUCCACUUGUGGGCUUCUUCGACCGCCUUGACACCUUACGUAAUAUCAAGGCAGCCCACAUACAUGAAGAGAAGAAUUGGGUUUAGCGGUAAUGGCAUAAGCCAAAGCUAGAUCACCGGAGUUUAGGCAAAUGGGUACGAGAGAAAAAGAUUUUGAAAUGCAUCUUCCGAAACCAGAUAAUCAACUGAAGGAGAUUCCCCUGCAAAAAGGAGAUGGCUCUAGUUUCAUACUAAUCUUCGAUCUUCGAGAUUCCCCCACGGAGCGGUAAGGCAUCCCCAGGAGCAAAGCGGCUCAAAGGAUUGGCAAUGAAGCUCAGUCUGGUCUGAGGGGAUGGGCUAGGCUACUCUCCCCAUACAUAGGAAGAGGGGGAAGUCAAGUAGCUAGAUCCAAGAUCACGAUAUCCGCUUUGGUGGUAAUAUCCGGCCUAAAAGAAAGCACCAAAGCAAACAAAGUCGAUUCUUUGUUGAGUCAACUGGCAACUGGGAUUGCAGCGGAUCCAGUGGUUUUCCUAUUCUAUGGUCUUUCUGCUGGGAGAGUAAAAGUAGAAAGCAGAAGCUCGCCCACGGGCGAAAGACAAGGGAUGAUUCUUCUAAGAUACGAACUUGCGGAAGGAAUGAAAAGGUAUUCGACUAAGACGGGGACGGGUAUUCCCGAAGAUGCUUGACCUAAGAGAUAGAGACUAGAACGAGACUAAGAAAAUUAGAUAUUGGAGAGGAAAGAAGCAGUGCGAGUAGAGUAGAGCAGCUUGGUAGCUCGCAAGGAGCCAAGCCUGCUUCACCAAUGGGAGAAGCCAACUCCGUUCCUCCAGCUUCGCUGAAGAAGCUAGGUUCCUCCUUGAUGUCGUAGGUUCAAAUCCUAUCUCCGCACUAAGUAAGGGUUUCAUUCUGCAUCACUCUCCCCGUCGUUCUCGACCUUGCAAGGUUUUUGAAGCGGCCGAAGCGGGAAAGGAAAAUACCGCUUUUCUUCAGCACAUUUUGGAUGAUUUGAGCGAAAUCGGAGUACAAAGUUCAGCCUUUAAGGACGCUAUGAAUCAAAUAGGGCUGGAGGCGCAGUCCCUACUUGACCAAUUUGAGAUUGUCCCAUUGAUUCCUAUAAAUAUCGGUAACUUCUAUUUCUCAUUCACAAAUCCAUCUUUGUUCAUGCUGCUAACUCUGAGUUUUUUCCUACUUCUGAUUCAUUAUAUUACUAAAAAGGGAGGAGGAAACUUGGUCCCAAAUGCUUGGCAAUCCUUGGUAGAGCUUCUUUAUGAUUUCGUGCUGAACCUGGUAAAGGAACAAAUAGGUGGUCUUUCCGGAAAUGUGAAACAAAUGUUUUUCCCUUGCAUCUUGGUCACUUUUUUUUUGUUAUUUUGUAAUCUUCAGGGUAUGAUACCUUAUAGCUUCACAGUGACAAGUCAUUUUCUCAUUACUUUGGCUCUCUCAUUUCCAAUUUUUAUUAGCAUUACUAUAGUGGGAUUUCAAAGACAUGGGUUUCAUUUUUUCAGCUUUUUGUUACCCGCAGGAGUCCCACUGCCGUUAGCACCUUUUUUAGUACUCCUUGAGCUAAUUUCUUAUUGUUUUCGCGCAUUAAGCUUAGGAAUACGUUUAUUUGCUAAUAUGAUUGCCGGUCAUAGUUUAGUAAAGAUUUUAAGUGGGUUCGCUUGGACUAUGCUAUGUAUGAAUGAGAUUUUCUAUUUUAUAGGGGCUCUUGGUCCUUUAUUUAUAGUUCUUGCAUUAACCGGUCUGGAAUUAGGUGUAGCUAUAUUACAAGCUUAUGUUUUUACGAUCUUAAUCUGUAUUUACUUGAAUGAUGCUAUAAAUCUCCAUUAAAGUUUUUCUUUCUUUUUUUAUUUAGAUUUAUAAUUGAACAAAAGCGAGGGAU